CUUCAUUCUCAUUCUGAUCCUAAUCCUGGUCCUAGCCUUAUUUAUAUGGAUCGCCUUCGCGCUCCAUCCCGCCGCGGUUUGGUUUCCCUCGCAUCUUCCGCCCUCUCGGAUUGACUUCACGUACUCGCUCGCCUCAAGUAUGCUACAGCCAAAUGUGGAUGAGCAUAUUCUGGCAGAUACGAAUGAUGACGACUCACUCCUAGACGCGGAAUCACUCCUCGAUUCCAAUCUCUCCCUCUACUCGUCCGUACGAGACUACAGCUACGAAAACGGCCGCCGCUAUCACGCCUACCGCCAUGGCCAAUAUCCCAUGCCCAACGACGAAGAGGAGCAAGAGCGACUCGAGCUAAUGCACCAUCUGUUCAAGCUCCUCCUCGGAGGCGAAUCAUAUCGCGCCCCGAUCCACCAACCCCAGCGCAUUCUCGACGUCGGCACCGGCACCGGCACCUGGGCCAUGGAGAUGGCGGACGAGUUCCCCGACGCCCAGAUCCAAGGCACCGACCUCAGCCCGAUCCAACCCACCUGGGCCCCGCCGAACUGCUCCUUCGUCGUCGACGACGCAGAGAGCGACUGGGCCUACACGAAAGAGGAAGCAUUCGACUACAUCCACGCCCGCAGCAUGGGCGGCGGCAUCGGCGACUGGGAGCGCCUCCUCCGUCAGGCCUACGAGCACGUCAAACCCGGCGGCUGGGUCGAGAUCCAAGAGUACGAUGCCUGGGUCUAUUCUGAUGACGGCACCGAUCAAGAGGCCGUCAUGGUCCAGUCUUUUCAGCAUAAGUUGGAAGAAGCGAGUACUCAGUUUGGGAAGCGCAUGAAUGUCGCUCCGCAGCUUAAGGGCUGGAUGCAAAAGGCUGGUUUCGUCAAUGUGGCUGAUGAUAUAUACAAGUGUCCGAUAGGCCCGUGGCCAAAAGCUCCCCGUCUAAAAGAGAUUGGAAAGAUCGGGAAACUGGCGUAUCUCGAAGCCGUCGAGCCAUACACCCUGGCUCUUUUCACUCGCGUUCUGGGAUAUACCUACGAUGAAGCCUUGGAAUUCGUGCAGAAGGUACUUGCGGAGCUCCGCAGCUCGACGUACCAUGUCUAUGUGCUUUUUCACUACGUGUAUGGCCAACGGCCCUUUGACGGAUGAUGAAAUUAUGUGUUUUUUUUUUCUGUGACGAUCUUAAUACCAUGUAUUCUGCUUCUCAGUGCUUUACUGC